AUGUCACCCGUCGAGGGUGCUCUCAAUCAGAAACAGGUCAUAGCAAACGCGAGACUGAAGGAGCAACAAAUACUCGGUUGUCUGAUUGUUGAAAUAUUUUUAGCGGAAAAGUUUCGUGCAAUCUGGGAAGUACGUCGUAGUAAAUAUUCUAAGUGUAACUGUACCAUUGUUAACUCAACUAAUCGAUCCUUACAUCUUAGCACCUUCCCAGCUUAUUGCACUGUACUAUGGCGUCCUGUGGAAACCAGUAGUGAUGCUCAGACACACCAAUCAGAAUCCACAGCAGCAGAAGGACGAAGUCGCCCAAAACCCAAAGCUACCAAGACUGUCGAGGAAAGUGACCACGACCCGAACGCCCGAUCAGGAGUGAAGGCACAUAAGGUUCGCCCGCUUUCUAAGGUACCUAGUCAAGCUAAUCCGCCCUACCUUGUUGAUCCAAGUACCUCAGAGGACGACACAGCCGAUCCGACAGGGAAGCUACGACGAUCUAAACGUACCCAACAAGCCUCAGUAAUGAGUGGAGCAUGCAAUCAUAAGAAGGCCGACGCUGUCGUAAAACAGCCGGUUAGGAAGGGCAGAAAUUUACGAAGGUUACCGCCGCAUGGGGCCGCCGACCAAUCUGAGAUACAUCUGAAGCUUUCGGAGUGUACAGGAACUAUUCGCCGAGUCACCAGAACGAAGAGAGGCGUCGCUGAAUCGAGUGGAGUAGAUAAAGGGACCGAUACCGACGAGCCAGCCAUCAGGGAGAGCCGAAGGACUGGCCGGGGCGAAGAGUCUUUUAGGAGGGCGGACCUGAACCGAUCCUUGCUUCCGUUGGGAGAAGAAGACCGAAUAGAACUACCAAUUGGACCAGAAACCAGCCGGAAGGGUGACCUGACCGGGUAUGGACAGGAAAGAUCUAGGACAUCAUGCAGUAGACUGCUGCGCCCUAGUGAGGAUUGGCUCAUCAGUUCACACCGCCAGACGAAGACUUCUGCCUACGUGGGUGCCUUAUCAUCAGAUGAUACGGCCAGUGAGAGCGAUAGGAGGACGUCUCCACGUAAACCCUCUUCGAAGCAGCAUAAGCAAAGACACCCUAAGCAUUCGAGUCUGGACCGACGUAGCGAUAAACGCGGUAAUCGAUCGCACACGACUGACUGCAGAUCCCCUGAUCAGACUAUCAGACGACCAACUAAAUCGACUCGCUCUGGCAAGUCUAAAUCGAAGCAAGUGAGCCCAAGCCCUGUGCGAUCACAUGGAAAGACCCACUGCUGCGACCAUGACUCACCGAAGCCACGAGUACAUCAGAGGCACGAGAGCUACGGUCGAAGACAUAGGCAUGAGAAAGAUGAUCGGCAUUCAAGACGCUCCCAUCGAAGUAGGGAUUCGUCUUCGGAUUCAGACAGCAGCAGUGAGCGAGACAGUCCAGCCCGCCGCCAUAAACCCGUUAAGGUCCAGUCACACCAUCGUCAUAGGGAUGACCGCGACCAUUGGCGUGAACCUGAACGCUACGCAUCUGAGACCAGCGGAUCAGAGUACUCGAGUGACCUCCAGAGUAGUCCGGACCAACGGCGUCCGUAUCGGGACAGGCAUUAUGAGGAGUACGAUGUAGCUAAACGCGAUUUGAGGAACAUCAGGAUACUGGAAAGCAGAAAGAUUAAAUAUAAUGGAUUAGACGGCCCAGAAGAGUUCAUCGGAUAA